AUGACGUCGGAGCUGCAUCAGCGGCAGAAUAAUGCCAAACACGAGGCUGACAACGAAAUUGAAAGCCAAGCGAAGAAGGAUGAGCGAGUCUUGGAAAAUCUCGGUUACAAGCCGAUCUUGCACCGAUCCCUCAAUGGAUUUCAGAACUUUGCAACAAGCUUUGCUGCUCUGUACUUUAUCGGCGGUGUCCGCGUGACAUUCUCUACUGGCAUCGCCGCUGGUGGUAACCUGGCUUACUGGACGAGCUUUAUUGUGACAUGCGUCUUCACAUUCAUCACCGCGGCCGUCAUUGCCGAAAUCUGCUCGUCCCUGCCCCUCGCCGGCUCCAUCUACCUUUGGGCGGCCGAAGCCGGCGGUCCGCGAUACGGGCGCCUCUUUGGCUAUGUCGUCGCAUGGUGGAGCACAAUGGCGUGGACAACGUUUUGCGCGAGCAAUACGCAGGCUGCUGUCAACUAUAUGCUGUCGGAAAUCACGGUGUUCCAACUCGACUUUCCCUCGGACGCGUCCAGCAUCAAAUUUCGUGCCGUACAGUGGAUUGCCACUGAAGUGAUGCUGGCACUUGCUGCAAUCUGGAACCUGAUGCCUCCUAGAUACUUCAAAUGGAUCUUUUACCUGUCUACCGGAGCCGUACUGCUCGACUUUUUCCUCAACAUGAUCUGGCUGCCCAUCGCGACCAGCCAGACGUACGGCUUUCGCACGGCCCACGAUGCCUUCAUGACGACAUACAACGGCACCGGCGCCCCGGCUGGCUGGAACUGGUGCCUGUCUUAUCUCGCCACGGCAGGUAUCCUCAUUGGCUUUGAUGCUUCCGGCCACGUUGCCGAGGAGACCAAGAACGCCAGCCUUUCUGCUGCGAGAGGCAUCUUCUGGAGCACCGUAGCCAGCGGCCUCGGUGGAUUUGCGGUCGUUGUCCUCUUUCUCUUCUGCGUUCCCGAUGCCAAAACGUUCUUCGAAUUCGGCGGCGCUCAACCAUUCGUACCGCUAUACGCUGCCAUUCUCGGUGAUGGAGGCCACAUUUUUAUGAACAUCGUCUGCAUAGUUGCACUGUGGUUUAAUACGGCGAUUGCGGUCCUUGCUGCCUCGCGACUGGUAUUCGCUGUUGCUCGAGAUGGCGUCCUACCCUUCUCCGGGUGGGUGUCUACCAUGGUUAACGACCAACCCCGUAAUGCUGUCCUCGUGGUUUGGGGCGCCGCUGCCAUCGUUACCUGCACAAUCCUGCCAUCAGCUGUCGCCUUCACGUCACUGGUGUCGGCGUCUGGGGUGCCAUCGGCGGCUGCCUAUGGGCUCAUCUGCCUGGGCCGCCUCUUGCUGACGCCGAAGAAGUUUCCCAGGCCCGCCUGGAGCCUCGGUCGCUUCAGCAAGCCCUUUCAGGCCAUUGGUGUUUUGUGGAAUGGCUGGGUCGUGGCGGUCCUGUACUCGCCCUACGUCUUCCCCGUCUCGGCGGAGACGCUCAACUACGCCCCUGUCAUCAUGGCGAUUAUCACCAUGUUUGCGCUUUUGUCAUGGUGGUUUAUUCCUCCGGAGAAGUGGCUUCCUAGCCAGAGAAUCCAGCAGACGCUGGAUGCAGGAGAGGAGGAGGUGAGCAGGACAUGA